AUGGAUGAUGACCCUGAGACUUUUCUACUCAAGAACUUUGAACAUACCCUAUCUCUCGUACCCAGCAACGAUAAUAGCGUCCGAUCUGAGCUAUGUAUGUAUUAUGCCAUCUUAAAGCAUCAGCUUUUCCAACGCCACGGACAAGUGAAAGACCUCAAAGAGGCGAUUAAGCAGGGGAGGAACGCUAUUUAUGAGACGCCAAAAGAUUGCGAUGAGAACGCAGAAAGGCUUGACAUCUUUGCGGACAUGCUAGAAAGCCAAUAUUAUCACACAAAAAAAGUGAAGGAUCUCGAAGAAUUGAUUCGAGUAGCGCGGCAGGCGGUCGACAUCACACAAAAAGGCCAUAAAGAUCUUACAGGAAGACUAGACAAGCUAGGAAGCAGACUUAGCCUUCGGUAUGAGCGAACAGGAAAGAUAGAGGACCUCGAAGAGGUAAUUCAAAUGACACGAAAGGCAAUCAAUAUUAUACCCAAAAACCACCUUGCAGACUGGCUAAGUAAGCUAGGAAGUAACCUUGCUUUUCGAUAUAAACACGCAGGAAAGAUGGAGGACAUUAUAGAGGCAAUUCGAGCAACACGACAGGCGAUUGAUAUUACACCAAAAGACCACUCGGAUAUUGAAGUAAUGUUAACCACUCUUGGAAACAAUCUUAUGCUUCAAUAUGAAUGCACGGGGAAGAUAGAGGACCUUGAUGAGGCCAUUCAAAUAGCACGGCGGGUGGUUAAUAUUAUACCAAAAGAUAGUCCACAUCGCGCAGCUUCAUUAAGUAACCUAGGAGGCACAAUCGGAAAGCGAUAUACAUGCCUGGGAAUGAUAGAGGACCUCGAAGAAGCUAUUCAAGUGGGACGUCAGGCGGUCGCCGUUACACCAAAAGACUCUCCAGAUCUCAGCACCUUCCUCAACAACCUAGGAAUGUGCCUUGGCUUUCGAUAUGAACGCACAGGAAAGCUAGAAGACCUCGAGGAGGCGAUUCAAAUAGGGCGGCAGGCAGUCAACACUACGCCAAAAGGCCAUUUGAACCUCACGAUAUUGCUAAGUAACCUUGGAAACAAUCUCGGAAGCCGAUACAGACGUAUGGGCCAAUGGAAGGAUCUCGAAGAUGCCAUCCGGGUAGCGCAGCAAGCAGUCAAUAUUACGCCAGAAAACCAUGCAGACCUUGCAGGAAGGUUGAGCAACCUAGGAGGCUACUUCGAACUUCGAUAUGAACGUACGAGAAAGAUAGAAGAUCUUAAACGCGCUAUUCAAAUAGGAUGGCGGGCAGUCGACGUCACGUCAAAAGAUCAUUCAUAUUUUGCAGCUUGGCUAAAUAAUCUUGGAAGCCGUCUCUAUAUUCAACACAAUCACACAGGAAAGCUAGAGAAACUCGAAGAGGCUAUCUCUAUAACGCGGCAGGCAGUUGAUAUUACACCAAAAAACCAUCCAGAUCUUGCAAUAAGACUAAAUAAUCUGGGGAAUAGACUCGAACGUCAAUAUGAAUGCACGGGGGAGACAGAGACUCUGGAAGAGGCAAUUCAAGUAGCGCGGCAGGCGGUCGAUAUUACACCAAAAGACCAUCCAGAUCUCGCAAUAAAGCUAAACUGCCUGGGAAGCAAACUCGGCUUUCGAUAUGAACGCACGGGAAAGAUGGAAGAUCUCGAAGAGGCGAUUCAUGUAACCCAGCACGCCUGGAAAUGCGAGAACGCUACUCCCUUCGUUCGCAUUGAGGCUUGCAUCCAGGCUCUCCGCCUCCUUCGGCGUCAAGAGAACUUUGAAAGCGCUUACAGACUCUCAGUGGAGGCUAUAAGGCUGCUGUCUUACGUUCACCAUAGGUCCCUCAGUCCCCAGGACCAACAGUUCGUUGUUUCACAUUUUUCUGGAUUAGCUACGACUGCCUGUUCUCUUGCUCUUAAAAUAGGAAAGGAACCGGCAGCAGCCUUAGAAAUUUUAGAGCAAGGGCGCGGAGUGAUCCAUCGCCUUCUGAUGGAUGACCGAAGCAACAUCUCUGACUUGAAAAUCGCCCAUCCAGAGCUGUGUGCGGAAUACGAAAGACUUCUAUUUGAGAUAAACAAGUCCAUCGCGAACAAUACGGAUAACCAGACACGCAUGGCCGCUUUAGCAAGCCGGGUGAAAGCAGUCGCAAAGCUUGAGACGUGUAUACGGGAUAUUCAACAGCUUCCUGGCUUCAGCCACUUCCAUAAAGCCCUUACUGCCAAGCAGAUGCAGAGCUGUUCAACGGCGGGCAGUAUUGUCGUCAUAAACAUCACUGACCUCGGGAGCGAUGCCAUUAUUGUUACUGUCGACACGGUGAGGGUCCUCCCGCUCCCCGGUCUAAGCGCAGGCCAAGCUAGGGACUGGAUCAAUCAGGACCUCACCACGACUACGUUAAGCGACCGCGGUCGAAAGAAUAAGAGGUACCUUGAAUUCUUGUCGUGGCUAUGGCGCGGGUGCGUGAGGCCUGUGUUAGAAGAGCUUCACUGCGAAGUGCAGUCUUCGGCAGACGAUCUACCAAGGGUCUGGUGGAUCGGAACUGGUCUCGCGAAUUCAUUCCCCUUCCAUUCCGCCGGCGAUGUCUCUGCUGGAAAAACGGAAAAUGCAUGUUACCGGGUGAUUUCGUCCUACACAUCAACAAUCAGAGCCCUGCAAUAUGCCCGAGAACGCACCAGCAAAUCUCCCAGCAUCCCAUCUGGUCGCGAUCCUUGGAGAGUAGUCAUCGUUACCAUGCCUGAAACCCCUGACGCAAAUGACCUCCCUGGCACAAGAAGAGAGAGAUCUGAGAUUAUAGCGGCUAUGGGCUCUUCUACCUCCAUAGUGAGCCUUGAGUACCCAGACGCCGCAAGCGCUAUGGCUCAGCUCCGAGAAUGCAGCAUCGCUCACUUCGCCUGCCAUGGGGUAUCAGAUUCACGCGAUCCUUCCAGGAGUGGUUUGAUACUGCAGACGGCUAGGACGGCGUCUAAGCAGCCGAGGCAAGACGUGCUGAGCGUCCGUGAGGUGUCUCAGGCCCGCCUCUCACGGGCAGAGAUUGUGUAUCUUUCUGCCUGCUCCACCGCGCAGAACCGUGCGCUAAAACUUUCAGACGAGGUGCUUCACGUUGUCAGCGGGUUUCAGGUUGCUGGAUUUCGGCACGUAGUUGGUUGUCUGUGGCCGUCAGACGAUACAGUAUGCGUGGAAGUAACGAAGCUAUUCUACUCCGAACUUGGUCGAGCCGGAGCCACAUGGUACGGCACCGAUAGAUCUCCUGCGUUGGCACUGCACAAGUCUCUUGUGAAGAUUCGGGAAAGCAGAGAAUACUGCAAGCGGCCGCUACUCUGGGCGCAGUAUGUGCAUUUUGGAGCGUGA